GGCGGCGCAGCCAAGCUGUCAGCCCAUGUGGCGUGGCCGCCCGGGGAUGGCCGCAGUUUAAAUAGAGUCGGCGCCGGCCUAGAGGGAGCCAGAGAGACGCCGCGGCGCCCGCCCCGCUCCGCCUGCGCGCCGAAUCCUCGCUCGCCGCCGCCCGCGCCCAGACCAGAGGAACCAUGGAGGAGGUAGUGAUAGCCGGCAUGUCCGGGAGGCUGCCCGAGUCGGAGAACAUGCAGGAGUUCUGGGCCAACCUCGUGGGCGGUGUGGACAUGGUCACGGAUGACGAUCGGCGCUGGAAGGCGGGGCUCUACGGCCUGCCCAGGCGCUCCGGCAAGCUGAAGGACCUGUCCAAGUUUGAUGCGGCCUUCUUCGGUGUCCACCCCAAGCAAGCUCACACAAUGGACCCCCAGCUCCGGCUGCUGCUGGAGGUCACCUACGAGGCCAUCGUGGAUGCAGGCAUCAACCCAGCCUCCCUCCGGGGCACGCACACCGGCGUCUGGGUGGGCGUGAGUGGCUCCGAGGCCUCGGAGGCCCUGAGCCGAGACCCCGAGACGCUCCUGGGCUACAGUAUGGUGGGCUGCCAGCGCGCCAUGAUGGCCAACCGGCUCUCCUUCUUCUUCGACUUCAAAGGGCCCAGCGUCGCCCUGGACACAGCCUGCUCCUCCAGCCUGCUGGCCCUGCACAGCGCCUGCCAGGCCAUCCGCAGUGGGCAGUGCCCAGCGGCCGUGGCCGGCGGCAUCAACGUGCUGCUGAAGCCCAACACCUCCGUGCAGUUCAUGAAGUUGGGCAUGCUGAGCCCCGAGGGCACCUGCAAGGCCUUCGACGACGCAGGAAACGGGUACUGCCGCUCCGAGGCCGUGGUGGCCGUCCUGCUGACCAAGAAGUCCCUGGCCCGGCGCAUGUACGCCACCAUCCUCAACAGCGGCACCAACACCGACGGCUGCAAGGAGCAAGGCGUGACCUUCCCCUCUGGAGAGGCCCAGGAGCAGCUCAUCCGGUCCCUGUAUGAGCCGGCAGGGGUGGCCCCCGAGUCCCUGGAGUUCAUCGAGGCCCACGGCACAGGCACCAAGGCGGGCGACCCCCAGGAGCUGAAUGGCAUCGUCCGAGCCUUGUGUGCCUCCCGCAAGGAGCCCCUGCUGAUCGGGUCCACCAAGUCCAACAUGGGGCACCCUGAGCCCGCCUCGGGGCUCACGUCCCUGGCCAAGGUGCUGCUCUCCCUGGAGCACGGGCUCUGGGCCCCCAACCUGCACUUCCACAGCCCCAACCCCGAGGUCCCCGCGCUGAGCGACGGGCGGCUGCAGGUGGUGGACCGGCCCCUGCCCGUGCGCGGCGGCAACGUCGGCAUCAACUCCUUUGGUUUCGGCGGCUCCAACGUGCAUGUCAUCCUGCAGCCCAACACACGGGCCCCCGCGGCCCCUGGCCCCCACGCCUCUCUGCCCCGCCUGCUGAGGGCCAGUGGGCGCACCCUCGAGGCCGUCCAGGACCUGCUGGAGCAGGGCAGCCGGCACAGCCGGGACCUGCCCUUUGUGAGCAUGCUCAAUGACAUUGCGGCCACGCCCACGGCCGCCAUGCCCUUCCGGGGCUACGCCGUGCUGGGCGGAGAGGCCAGCGGCCUGGAAGUGCAGCAGGUGCCUGCCGGCAAGCGGCCACUCUGGUUCAUCUGCUCAGGCAUGGGCACGCAGUGGCGCGGGAUGGGGCUGAGCCUCAUGCGCCUGGACCGCUUCCGGGACUCCAUCCUGCGCUCCGACGCGGCGCUGGAGCCGUUUGCGCUGAAGGUGUCGGAGCUGCUGCUGAGCACGGUCGAGGACAUCUUCGAUGACAUCGUCCACGCCUUCGUCAGCCUCACCGCCAUCCAGAUUGCCCUCAUAGACCUGCUGACCUCCAUGGGCCUGCAGCCCGACGGCAUCGUGGGGCACUCCCUGGGGGAGGUGGCCUGCGGCUACGCCGACGGCUGCCUGUCCCAGGAGGAGGCCGUGCUCGCCGCCUACUGGAGGGGCCAGUGCAUCAAGGAGGCCCACCUCCCGCCUGGCGCCAUGGCCGCCGUGGGCCUGUCCUGGGAGGAGUGCAAGCAGCGUUGCCCGCCUGGCAUCGUGCCCGCCUGCCACAACUCGGAGGACACAGUGACCAUCUCGGGGCCUAAGGCCGCCAUGAGCGAGUUCGUGGAGCAGCUGAAGCAGGAGGGAGUGUUUGCCAAGGAGGUGCGGACGGGCGGCAUGGCCUUCCACUCCUACUUCAUGGAGGCCAUCGCCCCCACGCUGCUGCAGGCACUCAAGAAGGUGAUCCGGCAGCCACGGCCGCGCUCUGCCCGCUGGCUCAGCACCUCCAUCCCCGAGGCCCAGUGGCAGGGCAGCCUGGCCCGCACGUCCUCGGCCGAGUACAACGUCAACAACCUGGUGAGCCCUGUGCUGUUCCAGGAGGCGCUGUGGCACGUGCCCGAGCACGCGGUGGUGCUGGAGAUCGCCCCCCACGCCUUGCUGCAGGCCGUCCUGAAGCGGGGCCUCAAGUCCAGCUGCACCAUCCUGCCCCUGAUGAAGAAAGACCACAAGGACAACCUGGAGUUCCUGCUCACCAGCCUGGGCAAGCUGCACCUCACCGGCAUCGACGUCGACCCCAACGCCCUGUUCCCGCCGGUGGAGUUCCCGGCCCCCCGAGGGACCCCUCUCAUCUCCCCCCACAUCAAGUGGGACCACAGCCAGAGCUGGGACGUGCCCGCCGCCGAGGACUUCCCGAGCGGCUCCAGUUCCUCCUCCGCCACCAUCUACAACAUCGACGCCAGCCCCGAGUCCCCCGACCACUACCUGGCUGACCACCGCAUUGACGGCCGUGGCAUCUUCCCCGGCACCGGCUACCUGUGCCUGGCCUGGAAGACCCUGGCUCGCAGCCUGGGCCUGGCCAUGGAGCAGAUGGCCGUGGUGUUUGAGGACGUAACCCUGCACCAGGCCACCAUCCUGCCCAAGACUGGGACCGUGCCCCUGGAGGUGCGGCUCCUGGAGGCCUCCCGUGCCUUCGAGGUGUCUGAGAACGGCAACCUGAUCGUGAGCGGGAAGAUAUACCAGUGGGAGGACCCGAACCCCGAGCUCUUCGAGCACCCAGAAGGCCUGAGUCCCACAGACACCACGGCCGCCUUCCGGCUGACCCAGGGCGACAUGUACAAGGAGCUGCGGCUGCGUGGCUACGACUACGGCCCCCACUUCCAGGGCGUCGUCGAGGCCAGCCUUGAAGGCACCUCCGGCCAGCUGCUGUGGAAGGACAACUGGGUGACCUUCCUGGACGCCAUGCUGCAAGUGUCCAUCCUGGGCCACAGCCAGCGCAGCCUGCGCCUGCCCACGCGCAUCACACGCCUGCACGUCGACCCCGCCACCCACCUGCGCAAGGUGUACACGCUGCAGGGCGAGGCCCAAGUGGCAGACGUGGUGGUGGACAGCUGUCUGGGCACCAUCAUGGCCGGCGGAGCCCACAUCGCCGGCCUCCACACCUCCGCGGCCCCCCGGCGGCAGCAGGAGCAGCUGGUGCCCACCCUGGAGAAGUUCUGCUUCGUGCCCCACGUGGAGGGCGACUGCCUAUCGCAGAGCGCCGCCCUGCAGGAGGAGCUGCAGCUGUGCAAGGGGCUGGCGCAGGUGCUGCAGACCAGGGUGGCCCAGCAGGGGCUGAAAAUGGCCGUGCCGGGGCUGGACGGGUCCCCGGCGCCCCAGGAGCCCCCUCAGCAGGCCCUGCCCCGCCUGCUGGCGGCCGCCUGCCAGCUGCAGCUCAAUGGGAGCCUGCAGCGGGAGCUGGGCCAGGCGCUGGCCCGCGAGCGGCCGGGGCUGCCCGAGGACCCGCUGCUCAGCGGCCUCCUGGACUCCCCGGCACUCAAGGCCUGCGUGGACACAGCCCUGGAGAACCUGCCCAGCCUCAGGAUGAAGGUGGUAGAGGUGCUGGCCGGGGAAGGCCACCUGUAUGCCCGCAUCCCGGAGCUGCUCAACACGCAGCCCAUGCUGCAGCUGGAGUACACGGCCACCGACCGCGACGCCCAGGCCCUCCAGGCGGCCGAGGCGCAGCUGCAGCAGCGUGACGUCGGCCAGGCCCAGUGGGACCCCGCGGGCCCUGCCCCCGGCAGCCUGGGCACAGCCGACCUCCUGGUGUGCAACUGUGCCGUGGCCAGCCUCGGGGACCCGGCCUCCGCCCUGCGCAACAUGGCGGCCGCCCUCAAGGAAGGCGGCUUCUUGCUGUUGCACGCCCUGCUGCGGGGACACGCCCUCGGGGAGACCCUGGCCUUCCUGGCCUCUUCCGAGCCUCAGCGCGGGCCGAGCCUCCUGACCAAGGACGAGUGGGAGCGCCUGUUCACGGAGACGGCGCUGCACGUCGUGGGUCUGAAGACGUCCUUCUACGGCUCCGCCCUGUUCCUGUGCCGCCGGCCCGUCCCCCAGCACAGCCCCAUCCUGCUGCCCGUGGAGGACGCCAGCUUCCGAUGGGUGGACUCUCUGAAGGACGUGCUGGCCGAGGACUCCUCCCGGCCCGUGUGGCUGACGGCUGUGGACUGCCCCACCUCGGGCGUCGUGGGCCUGGUCAACUGCCUCCGCAAAGAGCCUGGCGGGCACCGGAUCCGGUGCGUCCUGCUGUCCAACCUGAGCAGCAGGUCGCCCGCGCCUGCCCUGGGCCCCGAGUCCGCGGAGCUGCGGGAGCUGCUGCGGGGGGACCUGGUGAUGAACGUGCAUCGGGACGGGGCCUGGGGCGCCUUCCGCCACCUCCCACUGGAGCAGGACAAGCCGCAGGAGCAGACGGCCCACGCCUUCGUGAACGUCCUCACCCGGGGCGACCUCUCCUCCAUCCGCUGGGUCUGCUCCCCGCUGCGCCACGCCCAGCCCGCCGGCUCCGACGCUCAGCUCUGCACCGUCUACUACGCCUCCCUCAACUUCCGGGACAUCAUGCUGGCCACCGGCAAGCUGUCCCCUGACGCCAUCCCAGGAAAGUGGGCUGCCCGUGACUGCAUGCUGGGCAUGGAGUUCUCCGGCCGCGACUCCCGUGGCCAGCGUGUGAUGGGGCUGGUGCCCGCCGAAGGCCUGGCCACCUCAGUGCUGCUGGCACCAGACUUCCUCUGGGACGUGCCCUCCGGCUGGACCCUAGAGGAGGCCGCCUCGGUCCCAGUGGUCUACACCACAGCCUACUACUCGCUGAUCGUCCGCGGCCGCAUGCGGCGCGGGGAGACGGUGCUCAUCCACUCCGGCUCUGGCGGCGUGGGCCAGGCCGCCAUCGCCAUCGCCCUCAGCCUGGGCUGCCGCGUCUUCACCACCGUGGGCUCGGCCGAGAAGCGGGCGUACCUCCAGGCCAGGUUCCCGCAGCUCGACAGCACCAGCUUCGCCAACUCCCGGGACACGUCGUUCGAGCAGCACGUGCUGCGGCACACGGGCGGGAAGGGCGUGGACCUGGUACUCAACUCCCUGGCUGAGGAGAAGCUGCAGGCCAGCGUGCGCUGCCUGGCCCAGCACGGCCGCUUCCUGGAGAUCGGCAAAUUUGACCUCUCCAACAACCACCCGCUGGGCAUGGCCGUCUUCCUCAAGAACGUGACCUUCCACGGCAUCCUGCUGGACGCGCUCUUCGAGGACGCCAGCGCGGACUGGCGGGAGGUGGCGGAGCUGCUGCGGGCCGGCAUCCGCGACGGGGUGGUGCAGCCCUUGCGGCGCACUGUCUUCCCCAAGGACCAGGUGGAGGCCGCCUUCCGCCACAUGGCGCAGGGCAAGCACAUCGGCAAAGUCAUCGUCCAGGUGCGCGAGGAGGAGCAGGAGGCGGUGCUGAAGGGCGUGCGGCCCACCCUGACCACGGCCGUCUCCAAGACCUUCUGCCCGGCCCACAAGAGCUACGUCAUCACGGGCGGCCUGGGCGGCUUUGGCCUCGAGCUGGCCCAGUGGCUGGUGGUGCGGGGCGCCCAGAGGCUGGUGCUGACCUCGCGCUCGGGGAUCCGCACAGGCUACCAGGCCAAGCAGGUUCGUGAAUGGAGGCGCCAGGGCGUGCAGGUGCUGGUGUCCACCAGUGACGCCAGCUCGCUGGAGGGCGCCCGGGCCCUGGUGGCCGAGGCGGCGCAGCUGGGGCCUAUCGGCGGCGUUUUCAACUUGGCCAUGGUCCUGAGAGACGCCAUGCUGGAGAACCAGACCCCCGAGCUCUUCCUCGACGUCAGCAAGCCCAAGUACAACGGCACCGUGAACCUGGACAGGGUGACCCGGGAGGCCUGUCCGGAGCUGGACUACUUCGUGGCGUUCUCCUCGGUGAGCUGCGGGCGCGGCAACGCUGGCCAGACCAACUACGGCUUUGCCAACUCCACCAUGGAGCGCAUCUGCGAGCAGCGCCGGCACGACGGCCUCCCAGGCCUGGCUGUGCAGUGGGGCGCCAUCGGCGACGUGGGCAUCGUCCUGGAGUCCAUGGGCACCAACGACACGGUCAUCGGGGGCACGCUGCCGCAGCGCAUCGCCUCCUGCCUGGACGUGCUGGAGCUCUUCCUGCACCAGCCCCACGCCGUGCUCAGCAGCUUCGUGCUGGCCGAGAAGAAGGCCAAGCCCCGCGCCGAGGGCGAGGGCCAGCGGGACCUGCUGAAGGCCGUGGCACACAUCCUGGGCAUCCGUGACCUGGCCGGCGUCAACCUGGACAGCUCGCUGGCGGACCUGGGCCUGGACUCGCUCAUGGGUGUGGAAGUGCGCCAGACCCUGGAGCGCGAACACGACCUGGUGCUGUCCAUGCGCGAGGUGCGGCAGCUCACGCUGCGCAGGCUGCAGGAGCUGUCCGCCCAGGCCGGCUCGGCCCCCGAGCUGGCAGCCACCACGUCCAAGGAGAGCGGCCCAGCCCAGGAGCAGGCGCGGCUGAACCUGAGCACCCUGCUGGUGAACCCCGAGGGCCCCACCCUGACGCGGCUCAACUCGGUGCAGAACUCGGAGCGGCCGCUCUUCCUGGUGCACCCCAUCGAGGGCUCCACCACCGUGUUCCACAGCCUGGCCGCCAAGCUCAGCAUCCCUGCCUACGGCCUGCAGUGCACCCGAGCUGCCCCACUGGACAGCAUCCAGAGCCUGGCUGCCUACUACAUCGACUGCAUCAGGCAGGUGCAGCCCGAGGGGCCCUACCGCGUGGCCGGCUACUCCUACGGGGCCUGUGUGGCCUUCGAGAUGUGCUCACAGCUGCAGGCCCAGCAGGGCCAGGCCCCCACCAACAACAGCCUCUUCCUCUUUGACGGCUCGCACACUUACGUGCUGGCCUACACCCAGAGCUACCGCGCCAAGAUGACCCCGGGCUGCGAGGCCGAGGCCGAGGCGGAGGCCAUGUGCUUCUUCGUGCAGCAGUUCACCGACGCUGAGCACAGCAGGGUGCUCGAGGCGCUGCUGCCGCUGAACAGCCUGGAGGAGCGCGUGGCGGCCACCGUGGACCUCGUCACCAAGAGCCACCACGGCCUGGACCGCCAGGAGCUGAGCUUCGCGGCCCUGUCCUUCUACCACAAGCUGCGCGCGGCCGAGCAGUACACCCCCAAGGCCAAGUACCACGGCAACGUGACCCUGCUGCGCGCCAAGACAGGCGGCGCCUACGGCCAGGACCUGGGCGCCGACUACAACCUCUCGCAGGUGUGUGACGGGAAGGUGUCCGUGCACGUCAUCGAGGGCGACCACCGCACGUUGCUGGAGGGCAGCGGCCUGGAGUCCAUCGUCAGCAUCGUGCACAGCUCCCUGGCCGAGCCGCGCGUGAGCGUGCGCGAGGGCUAGGCCGCGGGCUGGGCGGGGCCCUGCCGGUGGGGCCCGCCUGCGGCCGGCAGAAGCAGGACAGCGCCGUGUCCCAGGCAUGUGCCGGGAGCCCCGGCGCCGCUGGCUUGGAGACCGGCUGGUCUGUGAAGAGCCAGGGCCGCGGGAGUCGGGCUGAGCCCUGUGCCGCGUGGGGCCGGGGCUCUGAAUCCUUGUAUUUAUUGCCUCGCUGGGAAAGACCCCCGCCCCGGGCCCACCCCCUCAGUGAAGAUGGCAGAAGCCACUCCAGGGCUUCUUCGAGGUCACCUGUGUGGUCCUGCCUGGGCUGCACCCACCUGCAGCCCCCAUGGAUGCCAGCGGCUGCCCAGGCCCGGCCUCCGCCCGCUGGAGGGAUGGAGGGGGCGGGCCCAUCCCCGGAGCACUGGAGCCCCCAGGCCUCGUCCCAGGUGCCCGGCUGCACCCAUGAUGCAGGGCCGGCUCUGGGCCCUGCGGACGGCACCGGGUGCCACUCUGUGUGUCUGUGUCCGUUUCCGAAACCCCUUCAGGUCGCUGCUCGGAUCUCGACGUAGCCGUCGGUGUAGAGCCACGUGUGCUCGCCCCGUUUUUACUCCCCUUGUUCGAUGCUGCUCUUGGCGCCCACCCCCAGCCACCCUGAUUAAACCACACGUGAGCUCCUC